GAGAGUUUGUAGGAUGAGUGCUCCAGGAGCUCCGAAGAAGCCGCGACUUUCGCAUAAAAGGCAAAGUUCUUCGACUUUUACUGAGGUCCAUGACGAAAAUAUCGAACCAGUGAAUGUAUUUUGUGUGGAGCCAAACAACUCGAUUGUUACCAGCGAUGAAGCGGAAUAUUUUCGUGAAACUUUUGCCCUCGUUAACAGUCAUGGAUUAGGAGCUGUGUGGAUAUCCGAACAAACGGCACUUGAGGUGUCUUCAUGUGACGAAAGUUUCUACUUUCUUGCUGCUUUCCGCGGUCCAGUUUUUGAGCAUCUCAAGGGACUGGGAGUAAACUUAUAUGGAGCCCAUGCCGUUCGCCAUACCUUGAACAUUGGCGGCGCUUUACCAAGAUGGGACUUUCCUGUAUAUUCCCUCAACCUCACUGGAGCUUGCGUUUGUUUCACAGGGUUACCUGUGGGGAAACGGGACGAGUUGAAGAUGAAAAUAAAUUACAUGAACGGCAUUGUAUCCCCCGGUUUGACAGAGAAAGUAACCCAUCUUGUUACGGAUUACUGUGAUACUCAAUCCAAGAAAUAUACGGAAGCUCGCAGAAUGUGUUUGCCGAUCAUGUCUCCACUGUGGAUAGAAAAAGCGUGGGAAGCUUCUCAGAAGUUUUCUUUGGAAAAUUUUACGUCGACAGAGUUGAAUCAGCGCUAUCGAACUCCCAUUUUCAAUCGAAUGGUAGUCACAGCAACAGGUAUCGGAGGUGAUGAACGCAUUGAUAUUGCACGACUCGUUGAAUUAAAUGGAGGUCGUUUUUCUGGAGAUAUGAAGAGAAAUGAAUGCACUCAUCUGAUUGCAGACCAUAUGAGGGGAGCAAAGUAUAAGAAGGCUCGUGAGUGGGGAUCCGUCAAAAUAGUACGUGCGUCGUGGUUGAGGAAGUCUAUUCAAGCUGGUUACGUUCUUCCGGAAGGAGCGUUUGACCCCGAGAGGCGUAAUCGGUGCAGUACACCAGUGCUAACAACACGAGUACCAGAGCCCGACGAAUUGGAUUGCAGUGUGAUUCCAGGUAAUGGAGGACGUUUGGACAAUUCAACAUUUAAUACGCAGAUUUCGAAGCAUAAUGAGGACCCGGCACCUGAUUUGGAGAGGACGCCGCUGACUUUAGUCAGAACCAAUAUACGCCGAGAAGGUAGCCGCCACCGCUUAACUCCAUCCAUACAGAAUGCUCAUGAUCCAAUCAAUGAGCUUGAUGACGCCUGCUUGAAAGGGGAUUUCGAUUUUUUAGAGGGCUGUCGAGUGUGGAUAUGCGGAGCAGAGCAAACGAACUUGGAUAAGUGGAAAAAGAUACUGGAUAGAAGUGGUGCCACUCGUGUGGGAGGUAUGGAAGCGGCCAGCCACAUUGUUGUGGUGAGUGCGUCCACAACUGAGCGUGCCCGACUGUUACAAGCCAAAUCUAAUGGAGCGCAUGUCAUACGCGCUGAUUGGAUAGUGGCCUGCUGUAGAGAAAAGGAUCUAAUUAGUAUGGAAGAAUACGUUUGGGAUCCUGAGGACACUAUACUUCAUACAGGUUCAGUGCAUCCCAGUAAUGUGACUGGUAAUGUGGAAACACCUAGACGCAACGAAACAGCUGCUUUAUGGCCUACAAGUGCAGCUACGACCAGCAAAGAACUAGUCGCCUCUGACUACUUGAACCUGGCACCUGUUAAGAAUUCGGCGACCCCAGAUAUAUCGAAUCUUUUCCGGUACCUCUUAGUUUUGCUUUUGCUUUCGACUAAACUGCACUUUUUUCGAGCAUUGAAGUUUCGAAUGUGGAGAGUGACACCGGUCGCCGAGGCACAGACUUCCAAGGAAAUACGUUCUGCUGGAGGUACUGUCGUUCCUUCCGACGACGCCUCCUAUGUGCAUUAUCUAGUUUGUGAUCACAUCGAAUGUGGGAAUUUGCCUCUAAAGGGGAGUUACGAUCAAAUAGUUACUGUGUUCUUCGUGAAAAAUUGUCUACUGAACAACCGCAUACUGAAAAUCUCUAGUCAUCCUCUCUACAGGCCAAUACCGGCUGUAGAGGGAAGCCAAGUGUUUCUGAACACCGUGAUUGUCGUCAGCUGUUUUAGUGAGUACGAGAGACUGGUCUUGUCGGAGCUCACAAAAAGAUUCGGUGGACGGGUACAAGAAUCGUUAACGAAACGAAGCAAAGGGGAGCUGCUGGCUGUGACCCAUGUGGUAGGUGGCAGUGAAGGAGAACGUGUGCUUGAGGCUCGUAGGCAAAACUUUAAGGUGGUAGAUCCAUCCUGGAUUAUCGAGAGCAUUAUCAACGACAAACUACUGAAAGAGGAUCAUUUUCCACUUCGGGAUGAGGCUUAUGCUUCAUAUGAGGGCAGAACGGAUUACCUAUGGCCUGAAGCGGAGCAAAUUAAACGGAGAAGUUGCGUCGAGCCUGCGGAUGACUUCUCUGACCUCAUCGUUGAAGAACUACAUGCUUAUCCAGAUGAUAAAGUGACCACACCGCGUCGAACUGGUCCCGAUGUUGGUCAAACCUUCAAAACGCCAACAGUGGCAUGCGCGACAUCCACUCCUUCAUCAGCAGUACCUAGAACGCCGGCUGCUCCAUCGGAUAGGAGCCUAGAUAUGAAGAAAGCCUUUAAGCCACGUUUCGAGGGCCUCACACAAGCAGUAGAGAAUAUACCAUCGCCAUCAACAUCAGAAGCCCCUGAAGAAAGCCUGUCUGAAUCGAAAGUUGGUCGUCUCCUGAAGGAAGCCGUUGUCAAGACAGCUGCUCCGAAGCGUCACGCCAAAAGUGAUCCCGCCUCUGUCUCCGCACACAUUUCUCCCACCAGUUUGCUUGUGACUAGUUCAAAGGGUUUGCGUAAACCUGUACUGCAUCGAAAUGUGCAAGUGGUAGUAAAUGAACCACUCUCGACGGAGAAUCCUCAAUCGUCAUCUAGUCAUCAGAAGAAUGACAUGAUGGUAUUGAGAGCACGAAUGACAGAACGCUUAGAGCGGAGGAACCAAGAAAUAGCAAGGCAUAUAGCCGACAGUAAGGGUGCUACUGUUACGGCGUCAUCUACAUCCCCUGAUCAGAUGAUAAUGUCGCGACGUCGCAAACGUACACAGAACGGCGACAACUCUGGUCCAUCGGCGAAAAAAACGACGCAGUCAUUGUCACCUCCGUCACCAUCUCCGGAUGAAACUGUACAGCCGUUGAUUGAAUGGGAGCCUGAUAUACCCACUAGGCUGUCAUCUAGCGCCAUACUUGGCCUGAAAGAACCAUCCGAUUCCACUCGUCAGACGACAUCAGAAUCAGUGAGUGAUAAAGGGCAGUACUAUGAAUGCAUAAAAGAAGGACCGCUGAACGCUGAAAGGAGGUCCAUUGGCGAAGUAGCACAAGAGCGUACUUGCGCUCCUCAGGCACCAGUUUCUUCUUGCUUGAAUGCUGCUAGCACUGUAGCGACCGUGGCUGCAUCAUUGCGGAAGAUUAACUCUGAGCCAGCUCGUGUGGAGGCAGCCAUGAAAGACACUAUAUCAUCAGAUCACCCAAAUAACAUGAAUACUCGAAGCGCUCCGGAGUUUGGUCAACGGACUUUGCAAUCUAAAGUUGGUGAACUUCCGGAGACAAAGAAGAUGCAGCCACUCGCCAGAAUUCCUACGAUCAAACAAGAACGGAUAUCUUUUGAAUUCAGCGCAACAACUCGUCAUUUUAUUUUCACGUCAGUAGUACCUCAUGAGAAGUUGCGUUUGUCCAACAUCAUUACUCGAUUAGGAGGAAUCGCGGAUGCGGGUGAAUUAAGUGACGAAACUACACAUCUCAUUUGUGGAAAGUUGAUCCGCGGCUCGAAACUCAUGGGGUGCAUAGCAAGCGGCAGAUGGGUCGUCGGUUCAGACUACAUAGACAAAAGUCUCGCUGCAGGAAAGUGGCUGCCGGAGGUCGAUUUUGAAGUCGGUAAUCCUGAGCGACUGGCGGGACUUAAUUUGCCGGAAAGAGAGAUGAAGUUAGCACGUGCUUGCCGUCGAUGGCGAUUGAAACUGCGCAGCAAUGACUCUUCCGAAAAAGUGGGAGCAUUUGAAGGAUGGCGUUGCAUUCUAUAUUGUUCGGACGAUAAGGCUGCUGGUCUGAUUCCAAUGCUCAGAGCAGGAGGGGCUGAAGUAGUAACAAGAAAGUCUAACGAUGGUGCUCCCCUUGUCUUCCGCCCAACACAUGCUGUGGUAUGCGGUAGUAGUCUGUGGAAUUUGGAGGAGCUAAACAUGCUAGUCAGCGUUGGUGCCAAAGUAUUUCAACUCGAAUUUAUCUCCAAGUACCUAAUGGAGGACAAUGUCGAUGAAGAAACAUGCUACCAUAUGGACUAUAAAAGAAUUUUGCGGUGUCCGCAUUGAAUAAAUCAAGUAGUUUUUUCUUUUUUUUCUCAGCAUACCAACAUAUCGCUUUUAUAUUCUUUCUUAUAUAUCUCUUCUGAAUUUUGCAUCGGGACGCAGCCCAUGUUAAUGCUACUUGAAUCCUCUUGUAAGUCCAAUUUAUUGUUCGUAUUUCAAUUUCCAUCCUAACGCACAUCGAUGAUGCGUCUCAAUUCUUUGUUGGAGGAUGUCCCUACAGGUUGCCCAUGUAUGCCAUUUCUGUGUAUUACGCAUUUGCCUUUGUGUUACAUGCAUGUCUUCUUUUAUGACUGUAAAUACGACAGCGGAUCAACAUCUUUGUAGAUUUUGUAAUUUGUAUGAAGUCUUUCUCCUUGAGUUUUCUCGUGCACUCAUCUCCGAUUCAUUUGCGCACGUCAAUCAAUUGUAAAUCAUUGUUACAAGCGUUAUUGGCUGAUUUAUGGGAUCUUUAAAUAAACUGGGGCUUACUUAUUACGUGUU